AUGCAGACCGCUGUCUUGCGAUCCGGCACGCGGCCCUUCUCGCGUCUCGCAUGCCGUGUGCCCAGCUCCACUGCUCGCGCCUUGAACACUUAUGCUUCAUUCAAGGUCCCUCAGAUUAACAAUGAGCCCAAUAAACACUACGUGCCGGGGAGCGCCGAUCGGAAAGGGUUGGAGGAGGCUUUGGCCAAGUACAAGCAGUCCGCCCCCUUGUCAGUUCCCUUGAUCAUUGCAGGCAAAGAGAUCAAGGCCUCCCAGACUUUCACUCAGAAUAACCCCGCCACCCAUACCCCCGUUGCCACCUUCUCAAAUGCCUCCAAGGCCGAUGUCAAAGCUGCAAUUGCGUCUGCUCUCGAGGCGCGCAAGUCGUGGGCUGCUACACCCUUCUCUGAGCGUGCUAGCAUCUUCCUCAAGGCUGCCGACUUGAUCUCCACCAAGUAUCGCUAUGAUGUGAUGGCCCUGACCAUGCACGGCCAGGGCAAGAAUGCCUGGCAGGCAGAAAUCGACUCGGCCGCUGAACUGGCCGACUUUUUCCGUUUCAGCGUCAAGUAUGCGGAGGAGCUUUACUCGCAGCAGCCCGUGCACCACGCCCCGGGUGUUUGGAACCGCCUUGAGUACCGUCCUCUCGAGGGCUUUGUCUACGCCAUCAGUCCCUUCAACUUCACUGCGAUUGGUGGCAACUUGGCGGGUGCGCCCGCUUUGAUGGGUAACGUGGUGCUCUGGAAGCCCUCGCCUGCCGCCAUUGCCUCCAACUGGUUCGUUCACAAGGUUCUGCUCGAGGCGGGUCUCCCCGAGAACGUGAUCCAGUUCGUGCCCGGUGAUGCCGAAGAGGUUACCAGCACCGUCCUUGCGCACAAGGAAUUCGCGGCCCUGCACUUCACCGGCAGCACCGAUGUCUUCCGUAUGCUGUACGGCAAGAUCUCCCAGGGCGUGGCUGAAGGCAAGUACCGUAGUUACCCCCGCAUCGUUGGUGAGACUGGCGGCAAGAACUUCCACCUGGUCCACAAGUCCGCCGACGUCCGCAACGCCGCGGUCCAGACCGUCCGUGGUGCCUUUGAGUACCAGGGCCAGAAGUGCAGUGCCACUUCGCGUGCCUAUGUGGCCGCGUCUAUCGCCAAUGACUUUGUCGAGCAAGUUGUUGCCGAGGUCCAGCAGAUCAAGGUUGGCGAGCCUUCAGACUUCACCAACUUCUGCGGCCCCGUCAUCCACGAGGGCUCCUUCAACAAACUGGCGGGUGUUAUCGAUGAGGCCAAGAAUGACCCCGAGUUGGAGCUGCUGGUGGGAGGUACCUAUGACUCCUCCAAGGGAUGGUACAUCCAACCCACCGUCUACCGCACCUCCAACCCCGACCACCCUCUCCUGUCGCGCGAGCUCUUCGGGCCCGUGCUUGUCAUCCACUCCUACAACGAUGCGACCGAGGCGGACUUCAUCAAGAUCUGUGAGAAGAUCGACACCACCGGCGCCUACGGUCUCACCGGCUCUGUCUUUGCGCGUGACCGCGCGGCUGUCCAGACUGCCGACGAGCACCUUCGCAACGCCGCUGGUAACUUCUACAUCAACUGCAAGAGCACCGGCGCCGUGGUGGGCCAGCAGCCCUUCGGAGGUGCCCGUGCCAGUGGCACUAACGACAAGGCUGGCAGCGCCAAUCUCUUGUCUCGCUUCGUGAGCCUGCGCUCCGUCAAGGAGGAGUUUAUUCCCACCUACACCGUUGCCUACCCCAGCAACGCUAACUAA